CCUUCAUAGAUACAAUACCCUUUCUCCUUCCUCCUCUCAUCCUUCUCAAUCAAAAUUUCCAUGGCUCCUCAAGCACACAUCCCACUUUCAGCAGAAGAGAAUGAAGAAGAAGCAGUACUGGUAAUCAAUGAUGGAGAAGCUGACGGCAACGUGAAGUUUCGGAUACGAAAUCUGACCAGAAUAUCAGACGGUGCAGGAGGAGGAGGAGGAGCUAUCAUACUGAAUAAGCUGAGCGUGGACAUCCCAAAAGGAGUGAUCGUCGGAAUCAUAGGCCCAAGUGGCAGCGGCAAGUCCACUCUUCUCCGAGCACUCAACCGCCUCUGGGAGCCGCCGUACGGCACUGUCUUCUUGGACGGCCAUGAUAUAAAGGACCUCGAUGUUCUCAGUCUCCGGAGGAAGGUCGGAAUGCUCUUCCAGCUUCCUGUUCUUUUUGAAGGCACUGUUGCAGACAACGUCCGUUAUGGUCCUCAGUUGAGUGGGAAGAAUCUGAGUGAUCAGGACGUUCAUAAGCUACUGACCCUUGCAGGCCUUGAUUCAUCGUUUUUCAGUAAAACUGGUUCUGAACUAUCUGUAGGCCAAGCCCAAAGAGUUGCACUUGCUAGGACCCUAGCCAAUUCGCCUGAGGUUUUGCUGUUAGACGAGCCUACUAGCGCCUUGGAUCCAAUAUCAACAGAGCACAUAGAAGGUGUUUUAGAAAAGCUGAAGAACAAACGGGGCAUGACAGUCAUAAUGGUCUCACACAGCAUCAAACAAAUCCAGAGGAUUGCUGAUGUAGUGUGUCUCCUUGUAAACGGUGAGGUUGUUGAAGUUUUGAAACCAGAUAAACUCUCAGAAGCCAAGCACCCUAUGGCCUUGAGAUUUCUUGAACUCAGCUCUUGAUCAUGUCUCUCUUUCAUAAUUUUUGGAGACUUGGAGAUCAUCUAGGCAUUUUGUGAUAUUUGUACUAUAUAUUUGUGGAGAGAUGAUCAUAUUUUUAAGAAACAAAAAACUUCUUAUAUUACUCGGUCCUUUACUUCCUCAUAUCUUAUAUAUCCCGAUAUAUACAUUUGG